GAGACGGGCGGCGGACGGACGGACGGAGGGGAGGAGGAGGAGGACGACGAAGAAGAUGGGGGGCGCCUUCGGCCUGACCCUGGCCCUUUGCCACUCCGUGGGACUCUACCUGCAGCUCGGAGCCUCCUCGCGGCCCCCGCAGUGGGAGAACCAGAUCUCGGGCAACGCGUUUUUCACAGAGACCCCCCAUGACAUGACCGCCCGGGCUGGUGAGGACGUGGAGAUGGCCUGCUCCUUCCGUGGUAGCGGCUCCCCUUCGUACUCGCUCGAGAUCCAGUGGUGGUACGUGCGCACUCACAAAGACUGGACGGAGAAGCAGAACUGGGCCUCCAACCAGCUAAAAGCAUCUCCACAGGAAGAACCCGGGAAGGAGGCGACAAAAAUAAGCGUCGUGAAAGUGGUCGGCAGUAACAUCUCCCACAAGCUGCGGCUCUCUCGGGUCAAACCGACGGACGAAGGCACCUACGAGUGCCGCGUCAUCGACUUCAGCGACAGCAAAGCCCGCCACCACAAAGUGAAGGCCUACCUGCGGGUGGAACCAGAGGAGACCACCGAGCCCCACCGCCACAGCUCCCCCACUGGGAACCUGCAAGACACCCAGCUGCUGGGCUUGCAGCUCUCCGACCACAGCAAACUGAGCGGCUCCCACCCACACCACCAGCACCACAAGCCAGGCAAGGAGCUCAAGAAACGCUCCGUGGACGAUGCGUCCUGUGCCCUCUAGACUGGGUUGCGUCCCAAGUUGUGGUACUGAAUGGCAUAAAUGGGGUUUCUUCCCUCCUCCACCCCCACUCUUCCACACACACACACGCACAUGUACACACACAUGCACACCCACCUGCCCCAUCCCACUGGGUGGUGGGAACAUGACAUCCCAGUGGCCAGCCCGUAUUUGGGCCAGGUUGCUGAGGAACCGAUGUAAAACGAAUGCCACAAACUAGAGUCACCCCGUCCGCAUGAACCUCAUUGUCAGCAUCCCUUCCACUCGGCCAUAUCGAUAUGUAUUUUUAACAUUCCUUUCUAACUAUGAAUUUCUCCCCUUGAAUGGACAAUGGGCUGCUUCCGGGACUCCGGAGACGAAAUGGAGCCGCUCCAGGGUGGAUUUAAAUGGAGGGAGCCCAGUUGGCUGGGUUACACUGUCCUGGC